UGUCCCGCGCGGGUCAGGUGACGCGCCCGGUCGCGGCCGCCCCGUUCCGCUCCGGUCCCGUUUCAGUCCCGCUCCGGUGCCGCUCCGCUCCCGCUCCGGUGCCGCUCCGCUCCGUGCCGCCGCCAUGACGGGGCUCGCGCUGCUCUACUCGGGCCUCGGCCUCGCUUUCUGGACCACCAUGCUCGGCGUCGGGAUAUGCUACACAAUAUUUGACCUGGGCUUCCGCUUCGACGUGGCCUGGUUCCUGACGGAGACCUCACCCUUCAUGUGGUGCAACCUGGGCAUUGGUCUGGCCAUCUCCUUGUCUGUGGUGGGGGCUGCCUGGGGGAUUUACAUCACGGGCUCCAGCAUCAUCGGUGGUGGAGUCAAAGCCCCUCGGAUCAAAACCAAGAACCUGGUCAGCAUCAUUUUCUGCGAGGCUGUGGCCAUCUAUGGGAUCAUCAUGGCAAUUGUCAUCAGUAACAUGGCUGAGCCCUUCUCUGCAGUCACCCCAGAGGCGAUUGGAGCCCGGAACUACCACGCAGGUUUCUCCAUGUUUGGGGCUGGCCUGACCGUGGGGUUAUGCAAUCUCUUCUGCGGGGUCUGCGUGGGCAUCGUGGGCAGCGGGGCUGCCCUGGCUGAUGCCCAGAAUGCCAGCCUCUUCGUCAAGAUCCUCAUCGUGGAGAUCUUUGGCAGUGCCAUUGGGCUGUUUGGGGUCAUCGUGGCUAUCCUGCAGACAUCUAAAGUAAAAAUGGGCAACUGAGCUCUGUCCCACCCAGCCUGUUCCAGCCUGCCCCAGGAGGUGCUGUAUAUAGUUAUUUAAUGUUUCUAUCCAUGCCCGGUGCAGGAGCUGCCCUGGGGCAGGAGCUGGGUCUGGCUGGGAGAGCCUGUGACUCAGAAGAAACAAACUUCUCGUGUGAAUCCUGCCCUGGUGGCCUGACCCAGCCCAGCCCCUGGGGCCCUGCUGCUGCUGCUGCCUGUCCCCAGUGUGUAUAGAAUCGACCACCAGUGCAAUUCUGUGUCUGUGAAAUAAAUAUGGUUCUUGUCCAA